CUCACAAUUUCUCUUUUACCGACAGACAUGGCGGACAGCGUGGAAAAUCUGAGUACCGCGUUACUUUACAAUUCUUUAUUAACUAUAGAUAAAAAUUUAGCAAAUGUUUUCCAGAAGAAAACUAAAGCCUCCGAUUUACUCAAAGGCUCGCCAAAUUUAAAGGAAGUUAUUGCUCAUUAUUUGAAGGCUGGUCCCAAAUCGAAAAAAUUGAAAUUAGUUUCUGUCGCUAGUGACGAUAGUAGUAGUGAAGAAGACGAGCCGCCUAAGACUAAUAUUGUAAAUGGACACAUCAAGCAGGUUAAAAGUGCACAGAAAAAAGCAGAAUCUAGUAGUGACGAUAGUUCUGACGAGGAGGAGUCAACAGUCAAGACGCCAGCUAUCAAAACACCUGCCAAGAAACAACCAGCUAAACCACCACAAAAACAAACUAAAGACGAAAGCUCAGAUGAGUCAUCAUCAGAAGACGAAGCGCCGAAGAAGGCCCCUGUCAAAUCCAUCUUAAAAACACCGACUGUUGUAAGCAAAAAACCUCCAACUAAAGAUAGUAGUUCAGAUGAUUCAUCUGAAGAGGACACACCACCAGCUAAACCCACCCCUGCUAAACCUGUUGUGAGUAAAAAACCCGCUCCUAAGGAGAGCAGUUCAGAGGAGGACUCUUCUGAAGAAGAAACAAAGCCAACUAAACCUACUCCUGUCAAAACACCUGCUAAACCUGUAGCUCAAAAAAAAGAGGAAAGCAGUUCAGAAGAAAGUUCUGAGGAAGAGGCGCCAAAAGUGCCACCUAAGGUAAAUCCAGUUAAAAAACCUGUUGCGAAGAAACCUGCACCUGCAGAAAGUAGUUCGGAUGAAUCGUCAGAUGAGGAUGAUAAACCUGCAGUGAAAAUGGCUCCCACUGUAAAAACACCUCAACCUAAAAUUCAGAAAAAGGAAAGUAGUUCAGAGGAAGAAUCCUCAGAUGAAGAAGUUACUAAACCCAUUCCUAAACCGGCAGUGAAGGCAACGCCUGCGAAAAAGAAAGCGGAAAGUAGUUCCGAGGACUCAUCUGACAGUUCUGACGAACCAGCCCAAAAGAAGCAAGUACCAGCCCCAAAAGUUGUCAAAACUCCACCAGCAAAAGCCCAAGAAAGUAGUUCUGAGGAAGACUCAAGUGAUGAAGACGAAAAAGUAGUAAAAGGGACUCCUAAACCUGCUGUAAAUGUUAAGAAAGCGCAGAAGAAAGAGAGUUCGUCAGAGGAAAGUAGUGAUGAAGAGGAGGAAAAAGCUCCCAAAGCCAAAAAAACAGUGACUACUUCAACUCCAGCUCCAAAGAAAGUGGCUGCUAAUAAAGAGUCUUCUUCAGAAGAUGAUGACUCAGAAGAAGAAGAGACAGAAAAGAAAACUCCACAGGCUUCAAAUAAACAAAAUAAAGGAGUUAAGAGGAAAGCUGAUGAGGAGGAAGAUGAAGAUCUUGUUUCUAAGAAACCUAAUUAUGGCAAUUUUGUGAAGGCUGGACAAAAUAACAGUUUUAAUGGCAACAAUCAGCGUCCUGCACCAUUCCGAAGGGUCAAAGACGAGGAGGUUCAUGUUGAUCCCAGAUUGACAAACAAUUCCUUCGAAGCAAAGUUUAAUUCAAGAGGAUCCUGGGGAGAGAAAGCAUAUUUGGACCUAAAACAUACCCGGGGUAAAUCCUUCAGACACGAAAAAACGAAGAAAAAACGUGGUUCGUAUCGGGGCGGAUUUAUCGACACGUCAGUUAAUUCAAUUAAAUUUGAUUAAAUCCUAGGUGUAAAAUUACUCCAUACAGUAUGAACACGAGUUCAAAACUUUUUCAAAUACUAACUUUAAAGAACAGAUUGUAGAAUUGAUAAUCGGUGUUAUUAUCAAUAUUAUCAUAGAUAGUAACUUUCGCUAUUUUUAAGUUAAUGAAUCUGUGAUUUGAAUGAACUGUAAUUAUUUUUGGAAGGUGUCUGUCCAUGUCUGGUAUUUUUUAUUAUGUCACUUUAGUACUCCUUUGGCGUUCCUUAUUGAAUAAGUUGCAUUGUUUAUAGCCUAGAUUGUGUUUUACGUUUUACAAUAUGAGAAAGUGUAUUUUGUUCAAAAAAUGAUAUAUUUCAUAGUAAAAUAUUAUUUGAAA